GAUUGGAAGAUAAGUAGCGAGUAAAAUAUAAACAAGGGGUGAAUGCCAAACCUAACCUUUACUCAAACUCUAGAACCUUCGAAGUGUACUAGAAACUGUGAGGAAUCUCCGAAACCCAAACCGUUGAAACUUGUUUAGGGAUCGUGUUAGUUUUCAAGAAUGGAGAACACAGUUGUUAAAGUUCGAUGUCAAAGGAUUGGUUGCAAUGCUAUGUUCUCCGACGACGACAAUCUCGAUGGUUCCUGUCAAUACCAUGAUUUGGGACCUACAUUUCAUGAUGGUAUGAAAGAAUGGAGUUGCUGCAAGAAAAGAAGCCAUGAUUUUAGCUUAUUUUUGGAAAUUCCAGGUUGCAAGACAGGAAAACAUACAACAGAGAAGCAAGUAAUUGCACCGGCUAAGAAAAAGCCUGUGCCCCCUCCAUCUGUGGCUUCCUCAACCAACGCAUCCACGAAGGACUCUUGUUCUAGGUGCAGGCAAGGAUUUUUUUGCUCAGAUCAUGCUUCACAAAGCAAACCUGUAACUAUUGUUGGAGACAAAUCUGAAAAUCUUGCUGGAGAUGCAUCUGCAGAAAGCAAUUCAAAAGUUGAGGUUGUGAAACCUCCUAAAAAGAUAGUUGGCAUAAACGAGCCUCAAAUAUGCAAAAAUAAAGGAUGUGGUCAAACCUUCAAGGAAAAGGAUAACCAUGACACUGCUUGCAGUUACCAUCCUGGCCCUGCUGUUUUUCAUGACCGAAUGAGAGGGUGGAAGUGUUGUGAUAUUCAUGUAAAAGAAUUUGACGAGUUUAUGAGCAUUCCUCCAUGCACAAAGGGAUGGCAUAAUGCUGAUCCAGAACCCUAAUUGGUGAAGAUACCAACAAAGAGGUUCUCUACUUGCGGUCGAUGUUUUUCGUUAUUGAAUGGAAAGUGUGUUGUUGGUUGAUACUGUAAUUUUGUCAUUAGUUAGAGUAAUUUAACCCCCUCCUCCCCUCUAAAUGUUUAUGUCCAUCAUCCCAUUUCAAUUGGUCAAGCUCUAUACUUAACCUUAAGAAGUAACUGCAUGAAAUUGCUGUGAUGGUGUAGGAUGUGAAUUUGUUGUCGUGUGUUCCAUGAAUUUCACAACAUCUAUUCUUUUGCAUGACCAGUUUGGAUUCAUUUAAUUUGGGAAGACUCAACACCGUGGUUUUGAACAGAAUAUUUGUAUUGGCAUUAAAAUAGUGUCCUUGUUGAUUAGAUACUUCA